AUGUCACCGAUGGCAGGAGGAUCACGGGCGCGAGCGAGGUCCGACGACGAGGAUCCGACCGCCUCGAUCACCUCGCGCUCGGCUUCGGCGGCAUCCAGGGGGAAGAAGAGGAGAAUAGCAGCCACAACCCCGGAGGUGUCCGAAGAAUUAGAGGCGGAGAUGAGGACGAGCUCCCCGGCAGACAUCAGCGCGGGCCUAACGAUGCACGUGUCUGAAAUAAUGCACGUCGCGACGGCGUCCUCAAACCUCAAGGGGACCUACAUUAGAUCCCUGAAGAACGCGGCGAGUUACAUCACCGCCGUCUGGAACACGGAAUCCUCGAGGAGGACGAGACCAGCGCGAGGCACCGACGACGUAGACACGAGGCUGUCCGUGCUGGAAAAGGAGAACGCAGCCCUCCGCCAGGAACUAAGGAGACUGGCUGCUCGAGUCCACGAAUGCCCGCGAUGCGCCAACGCGACGUCCGAAUACGACCGUCCUCCACGAGAAGAUGGAAACGACAGGACACGCCUAGACGCCCUAGAAAGAGUAGUCCGAGAACUGGGACCCUCCAUUCUUAGGACCAUAGGGGAACAAUUCGGGGACACGCGAUGGCAACACCCCCCCGAAGCACGACCGAGCAAGGACCACUCCGUCGAUCCCCGCGCCGCCCAACCGACGUCGCCCCCAAGGGAACAGGAGGAUGGGGGCUGGGAACUGGCGGAAACAAAAAAGAAAAGAAGGAGGAAGGCGAACGGGACAAGGACAACCGUCGCCGCCGAAGGAGAGGCGGCAGGAAGAGGACCGACCGCGCCACCACCGACGCGGGCACGGCAACAGCAGCCCCAGCCCGGUAGGACGGCAGGCGCACCGAAACAGAGUGCCCCCGCAACGCAGAAAGGACCACUGAACACACUCAAGGUGGCCACGCCCCCUCGCGCACCGCGAACAUCCACGGUGACCCUGACGCUGAACGAGGGAGCGAGGAUGUCGUACGCCGACGUCCUGGAAUCGGCCAGAACAAGGAUCCCGCUUUCGGAACUCGGAAUGGAACGUCUAGAAAUGAAAAAGGCGAUGACGGGGGCCAUCAUAAUCAAAGUCCCUGGAGACAAGGACAGAGGAAAGGCGACGCUACUGGCGACGCGUCUGGCCGAGGCGCUGGACCCGACGGCGGUGAGAAUCGCCACUCCAACCAGGAUGGCGGAGCUACGAGUGACCGGGAUAGACAUCUCGGUCAAGAGGGAGGAGCUGCAGAAAGUACUGGCCUCGGCGGCAGGAUGCGGCAGCGCGGAGGUACAGGUGGGCGAGAUCGGCGCCACCAGAGGCGGCCUCGGGACGGCAUGGAUCAAGUGCCCGGCAGCAGGAGCCCGCAAGCUGGCCCAGGCAGAGAAGAUAGCCAUCGGCUGGCCAACCGCGAGGAUAAGGGCCAUCCCGAAGCGGCCGUUGCAGUGCUUCAGGUGCCUGGAACUGGGACACGUACGCGCCACCUGCGUAUCCAGCGAAGACCGAGGGCACCUGUGCUACAGGUCGAGAAGGGCGCAAGAUCUGCUCCUUCAGACCAUCCGGGAGAACGAGGUCGCCCUGGCGGCGGUGGCCGAACCACAUCGCAUUCCCGACUCGCCCAACUGGGUCGGGGACCUGAACGGAUCCGCAGGGAUAACGUGGACGGCAGCCCCGGGCGUCCUGCUGGACCGUGGCAGCGGCUUUGUCGCGGUCGAGUGGCAGGGAGCAGCGGUGGUGGCGGAGUUGCAAAAAGUGCUGGACGUGUUAGGAGAAAGGAUGAAUGCAGCUUUAGCUGAGAAACAAAAAUGUCAAGACGAAGCUGACGCUACUGCUUUAACAAUUGACCUUGCAAAUAGAUUAGUGAAUGGCUUAGCAUCCGAAAAAAUUCGGUGGACCGAGGAGGUUGAAAGUUAA